UCAUUCGUGUUGUGAUUCUCUGUAAGCCCUGAAGCUGCUCAGGCAGAACAACUCAAAGGGUCUCACUUUCUAAAGAGUGAUGUUCACUCUCUCAGAGCUCUGGUCUGUUACUGAGAGACAGGGUCACUAUAAGCUGCUGAAGCCAUGGUGGGAGGUCUUUAUGGACUAUUUGGUGCUCCUCAUGCUCAUGGUGUCAAUCCUAGCUGGGACUCUGUUACUGUCACAAGACGGGGUGGUGUGUGUCCCUAUACACUCCACCUCAAGCAACUCCAGCGAUUCUUUUGGAAUUCACUCAGAUCCUGUCACAUCUCAUACUGCAUCAAGUGUCCCUAUAUCCAAGAGUCUGGCUAAAGGUAUUCGGACUGACCUUGACUACCAGCAGUACGUCUAUGUGAGCACUGUAUGCUACCAUGAGGCUCUGCCGUGGUUCUCACGCUUCCUGCCCUAUGUUACCUUACUGCAAUCAUUGCUACUCUUGGCUAGUGGUUCUUUCUGGUUCCACUUUCCGCUCACCUCUGCUCGUAUUGAGCACUUUUUAACCAUCCUUGCCAAGUGCUGUGAGUCGCCCUGGACCUCCAGGGCACUUUCCCAUGCUGCCAAGCUAGACAGAGCACAUCACAGUCACCCUUCAGAAGAGGACAAAAUGACAAGGACCCAAGUGCCUCACAUACCUAAAUUUUUUACACGAAAGUCUAGCCUAGACUCAGGGACUGACAGCCCCCUUUUAGCCAGGGCAGGUAAUACCUCCACCCAGCCUUCCCCAUGUCCAUCCAGUUUGUCUCACUGCUCUACAUCGUCCUCUCUGUCAAUGGUACAACCUGCUUCCCUGCAUAAGGUAGCUACUGUUCUUCCAGAAAGAUCUAGCACAAGACCAACACUGGACCGGAGUGAUGGAGAACAGGCCAGAGCUCUGUUUGAGAGAGUCCGCAGGUUCAGGGCCCACUGUGAAAGCUCCAAUAUCAUUUACAAGGUGUACACAGCUCAGACCGUGUUCAAAGUGCUGAAGUUCAUUGUGAUUGUAAGCUACACCAUGCCUCUACUGGGCUCCAUCUCUUUCACCUACACCUGCCAGCCCCAUUCCCAAGCUUUAACAGGAUACAGGACCUUCCAGUGCAGCCACCUGCUAUCAUCUGUCCUGCGCAAGCUGAUGAAAGCCUACGUCUGUCUCAUGGGCCUUUAUGGUCUGCUGGGUGUUUACACCCUUUUCUGGAUUUUCCGCAAGUCUCUGAGACAAUACUCAUUCCAACAACUGCAUGAAAUAGGUUCCAUGUUGGACGCUCCAGACCUGUGUAAUGACCUUGCCUUCUUGUUACACAUGACGGAUCAGUACGACCCCCUGCUGGCUCAGCGUCUCUCAGUUUUCCUGUCUCCUGUCAGUGAGACUCGGCUGAUGGAGGAGAACUUGGAUCGUCGCUGGAACGCCACCCGUCUGCGCUCGAUGAUAACCUCUGAUCACAAAGGGCGCCCCCUGCUGCAGCUGGUGGCCGUUCCACACCUCCCUCCUGCUCUCUUUACCCUGAGCCAGCUGGAAGUGCUAAAGCUGGAGUUAAUCGGAGAUGCUAAGCUAACGUCACAGAUCUCCAACAUGACUGCCUUAAGGGAGCUUCAUUUGUACCACUGCUCAGCUACAGUGGAGUCUGGUGCUCUUACGGUCCUCCGGGAGCGUCUAGAAUCUCUGCACCUGACCUUCACCCAAGCUGCAGAGGUGCCUGGCUGGAUGUAUUCAUUGCGCAACCUGCAGGAGCUCCACCUGAGUGGACGAGUGGCCAGUGAGGGCACGAUUGGGCGUGGCUGGGCACUGGGUAGCCUACGCUAUCUACGUCACCUUCGAGUCCUCACAUUACGUGGCACGCUGCAGAGAAUCCCAUCAGAACUGAGUGAGGUGGCAGGCAGCUUGGUGCAUUUGGAGAUCCACAACGAAGGUGCCAGGUUGCUGGUGCUAACAGGUCUGCGACGUCUGGUGGGAUUGACUGAACUGGAGCUGCAGGGAUGCCAACUCGAGAGAUUACCCUCUGCGUUGCUAGCGCUGACAGGAUUACGCAGUUUGGACCUGCAGCACAACAGCCUGAGGACAUUGGAGGAACUGCUAGGCCUGCAGCAUCUGAGGCGUCUUUCCUGCCUACGAUUGGCCCACAAUCGCAUACUGGCUGUUCCUACCAGUGUGGGAGUUCUCCGGGCCUUGGAGCACUUGGACUUAGCACACAAUGAGCUGCGGAGUCUCCCACCAGCUCUUUUCACACUCCAUCGACUCCGUCGCCUUCUGCUGGCUGGGAACCUGCUUGAGGAGCUGCCUGCUGAAGUCGGGGCAAUCGCUCACCUCGUUGAACUCGACCUGAGCAGGAACAGACUUGAGAGACUUCCAGAUGCUCUUUUUGCCAACUGUAAAGAGUUACGUAUUUUGAAUUUGGCUAACAACUCCCUAGGAUUCCUGAACAUGGGAUUAGGCUCUUUGAGGCAUCUUUCCAAGCUGGAUAUACGAGGAAACAACCUUGAGGAACUUCCAGUUGAGCUUGGUAGCUGCUCAGGGCUUCGUGGAGGUGGUUUGCUAGUGGAGAGCUGGCUGCUUCACGCUUUGCCGGGUCACAUCAGGGACUUCUUGCAGCAGCCGUCUUGUGCUUCUUCCGAAGCAAAUUCCCGCCCUUGCUCGGACAUUUUCCCUGCCUUCUCUGCCACCCAGUGGAGCUUCCUUUCCUCUGUAGAAUCAAGGAUAUAGUUGAGAAGAGAUCAAAACAAUGAUUUCUAUUUGAAGUUUGAAUAAAUCAGUGCAUGCAACCUUUGGCUUGGAUUUGCUUAAAAGAUGCAACAGUUUCUUCUUGAAAUUUUUCUUGCUGGAAGAAAAACGCAGAAUUAUUGCCACAGUCUUAUGAUGCGUAAGUAAGCCGAGGUCAGGAUCGAACCAGACUGAAAUGAUAACUAUUCAGUUUAGAUAUUUAGCUCAACAUUAAAAAAAUGAUUAUUAAUCCCAAUUACUUCAGCAGUUUAGGGAUUGAUUUAACCACGUUAUUAUUUUCAUCAUUUUAUAAUCAGUAGAAAACAGUCAUUUACAUAACACUGCAUAUUAUAACCCUUUACGCGGUAACUAAAUAAUGAAUAAAAUGUCAUCAAAUGAAGUAACUUUAGCAAAGCACGGUCAGUCCUGCUGGAAUAAUAUUGGAUAAUAUGCUGGCAAAGUGAUUUAAUAGUUUGUGAUUUAAUAAUGAUGACUUUAAUAAUAUGUUUCAAAUGAAUCUUUCUAUACGUCAUCGUCGUUUACAUGCUAAUGCUGGGCCUACCCAAGAUUCUGAUGUCUGUUACAUAUCAAAUCGAAGGCUACUGAAUCGUAUUAUAUCCUAUAGCACAGAUUCUAAAUAUUAAAUCACUUACUUAUGAAUCUAGAAUUUAUCGUAUCAUAUCACACAAUAUCAUGAAAAAGCCUGAGGUUCUUACAGUAUGAGUACUGUCUGUUUAGCUAUGUGUUAUAUGUGCACAGUUACCUGUCUUGGUUCUAUAGUGAAGCUUCAUUUUAUAUU